GCCUAUCUCGGUGAUUGGUCUACGCAGUAUAUACCCUGUCUCGCGCCCGCUGUGCCGUACAGAUCUCUUCCGUCUUUCCCCUGAACUGAAAGAAAAGCUUGAACUUCAGAGGGUUCGUGCGCAUAUCAAGUAGUAGUGCUUCCGUUUAGCUCCGGGCAUAAGAGAUAACAAGAGGAGGAAACAGCGAGAUAGAGAUAGAUGGCUACAGAUACUGCUUCCUUCAAGAUAAUCCUGGGGUCCAAGUCAAUGACUCGCCAAAAUAUUUUAACUGAAAUGGGGUAUAAGUUCACUAUAAUGACUGCAGAUAUAGAUGAGAAGGCAAUUCGAAAGGAACAUCCAGAGGAUUUAGUAAUGGCUUUAGCUGAGGCAAAGGCAGAUGCUAUCAUUUCAACGCUCCAAAACACUGAUUGCAAAGACAAAGACGCUGUCCCAACACUUCUAAUUACCGCAGAUCAAGUGGUAGUUAUUGAAGGUAAAAUCAGAGAAAAGCCAUCCAACAAGGAAGAAGCACGCCAAUUCAUCAGAGGCUAUUCUGGUGGGAAUGCUGUAACAGUGGGAUCUGUCCUUGUUACCAACCUUAAGACUGGAACCAGAAGAGGAGCAUGGGAUAAAGCAGAGGUGUAUUUCCGUGACAUACCAAAUGAGAUCAUUGAAAACCUGAUUGAGGAGGGGCUUGUUCUCAAUGUUGCUGGAGGCCUGAUAGUUGAACAUCCAUUGACACAGCCUUUUGUUGAAGCAGUGGUAGGGACCACAGACAGCGUGAUGGGUCUCCCCAAGUCUCUCACGGAGAAACUUAUAAAGGAGGUCUUCUAGCAGAAGUAACAGUUAUUGCACCAAGGAAUCUCUACUUUGGCUGAGUUGCGCAAUACAUGGUUCUUUUCUUCUUUUGCUCACUAUAUAAGCUGGGAUCAAGCCCCCAAACUGAAGAUUACAAGCAUUGAAGAGAGCAAUAUGCUUCCUUUUGGUUUAUUUAACAUCUGUGAGGGGCUUGAUUGUUACUUAAAUUUCCAAUGUAUUCAUUCAGAAUGGAAUCUUGGCAGGCUCUAGAUUAUUAUAGAAGAUGUUAAUCUUUUGUUCAACUUUCAGCAAUGUUACACUCCUCAGGUAAAAGGGUAGAUGCACUAAUAUUUCUCCUUUUUCCUUUUCUCUUCUUGUUCAGGGAGACCGUUUUAACUCAUCACCUAUCUAUAUUAUUAUAAAGUGGAUACUUGCCUUGGUUUU